UGUGUCAAAAUAACUUGCAAUUGUCUGUCAAAAGUGUGAAUUCUAGAAACGUUUAUGUUUCAUUUUUUCUUUUUAUAGUUAUUCGAAAUGAUUAAAUUAUUUUCACUUAAGCAGCAAAAAAAAGAGGGAGAAGCAACACCUAGAACUGGUAAUCAGAAAAAGGCAUCUGCAGCUCAAUUACGAAUCACAAAAGAUAUAAAUGAGUUAAAUCUUCCUAAAACAUGUUCCACUGAAUUUCCUGAUCCAGAUGAUUUAUUACAAUUCAAAUUAGUUAUAUGUCCUGAUGAGGGUUUUUAUAGGUCGGGUAGAUUUGUAUUCAGUUUUAAAGUGGGUCCAAAUUAUCCACAUGAACCACCCAAAGUUAAAUGUGAAACUCAAGUCUAUCAUCCAAAUAUCGAUUUAGAUGGUAAUGUUUGCCUUAAUAUUCUACGUGAGGAUUGGAAACCAGUCCUGACGAUCAACUCAAUUGUAUAUGGAUUACAAUAUUUGUUUUUGGAACCAAAUCCAGAAGAUCCAUUAAACAAAGAAGCAGCCGAAGUAUUGACAAAUAAUAGACGCUUGUUCGAACAAAACGUCCAAAAAGCGAUGCGAGGAGGUUAUAUAGGAUCCGUGUAUUUCGAUCGUUGUUUAAAAUAAUGUUUUAUGAAAAUACAAUAAUGAACUUAAUAAAUUAAGCUAUUAUUAUUAUUACAAUAAAUACUUCUUUUCUUUUCUUUUUCUUUUUUUUGUUAUUCUUAUUAUUUGUAAAACUUUUCAAUUUCAAAAAAAAAAUAUAAAUAAAUUGCCUGUCGUAUUGAAACGAUUUAACAACACUCACACACAUUCAUACACACAAACAAUUACAAUUUAUUAGUGUAAUACACUCGUUUUUAAUAUAGUGCGUUUUUGUUUUUCAUUUUU